CAGAUCAGUAAUAAGUAGGAGCGGGACCUUCAAAGAACGCAAAGAAUCUGAUUUUUCUUUAUUUGGAUCUCUUUUGAAGACUGAAAUAAAAUGUGCGAAUAGACAAAAAUGAAGAUCAAGAGCGAUCUCCUGGUGCAGCCUGAAGGUGAGAUGUGGAAGAAGAUCAGGGUUGAGCUGAACGAGGACCCGGCAACGAGAGACCGGGACCUAGCCGCCAUUAAAGAGUGGCUGAGGAAGCAGCCGCAUCUGCCUGAUGAGUGGGAGGAUGGGCCACUGAUGACCUUCCUCCGGGGCAGCAGUUUUUCCCUGGAGAAGUGCAAGAGGAAGCUGGACAUGUACUUCACGAUGCGAGCAGCUUGUCCAGAGUUCUUCAAGAACCGGGACCCCACCAACCCUGACUUGGCGGACAUCUUGACUGCCAAAGUACAAGGCCCACCUCUUCCAGGCUUGACACCAAAUGGAAGAAGAGUCACGGUAUGUAGAGGUGUACAGUCAAACUUGAACGCCAACGAGAUCGCAGACACCCUCAAGCUGGCUCUCAUGAUUGGGGACGUCCGCCUCAUCGAGGAAAGGGAGGGCGUGGCUGGUGACGUGUAUGUGCUGGACGCUGCUGUGCUGGGUCCCAGCUUGCUGGCCAAGCUGUCCCCAACUACCAUCAAGAAGUUUAUGAUCUGUGUUCAAGAAGCGUACCCAGUGAAAUUGAAGGAGGUCCACAUCGUCAACACAUCGCCCAUCGUCGAGAGAUUCGUCAACUUUGUCAAACCGUUCCUCAAAGAAAAAAUCAGAAAACGCAUAUUCAUCCACAAAGAAGUGAAGGACUUAUACAAGCACGUGCCUCAAGAGAUGCUCCCUGUUGAAUACGGUGGACCAUGUGGCACCAUGGAGGAUCUGCAAGAGCAAUGGAAGAGCAAACUGGCUGAAUACAAAGAGUGGUUCGAGGCGCAAGAGGCGGUGGUCGCCGACGAGGCCCGCCGACCAGGUCGCCCGACCAACUACGACGAGCUGUUCGGAAUCGACGGCUCCUUCCGACAGCUCGCAAUCGACUGACCGUAGAAUUUAAGUCUGUAGCGCUAAUUUAAGCUAAGUUUCUGCAAGUAUUAUCCCAAUAAUAUUCUUAAUAUUUUCUUAAAUCCCUGCAGUGUUUGCAGUUAUAGCUCGCGCAGCAAGAGUUGAGGCAAUCAACACAAGCAAAGAUUUCUACGUCUUGAAUAUUCUGACUGAUUUUGGUUUUCUUCUAAAUUCAAAUAUUACACCAGUGUAUGGUGUUCGUCUCAACAUUCAUUGCGCGACCUAUAGAUUUAUUGACAUUCUUCGUCGGCAUUAAAAAUGUAGGUAAUGUUUUACAUAAAUCGUGUUUACUGAUACUUAGAUCUGAACACUAUCCAAUGCCUUGAAAUGUGCAGAAGACAGAACAUCAUACUUGGUAUUUAAUGCAAAAUCGGCCUUAUUACAAGUACAUAAAAUACCCCAGUUAUUAGCUUGACAUGCCUUUAUCUUAAAGACUGCACAAAAUGUAGUAGAUGGAAGAAUCUAACUUAUAUAUAGAAGUUUGGCGUAAAUUCGAGUAAGUAGAACAAUUAAAUCUCUACACUCGAUUGAAAACUUCACUUGAACUUAAUUAAAUAUUUAGUUCUACAUGCAACUCCCUUCUAGAAUAAUUAAUGUAUAGUUGGAUUAUUGUGAUAUAAUAUUUUGGCUUACAAUUAAACGCUGUAUUUUAUUAGAGGCUCAAUAUGUAGGGUAUUUUUGCAGAUCUAUAAAUUUUUGUUACUAUAAAAGCCUUGUUCGGUGAUUUGUAGGUAUAAUAAUAUGAAUAUGCUCGGUUUUAGGUUAAUUUCUCGUAAAUGAUGUUUAUUUACAUGCGACCACUCACAAUUAAUUAAUAUUGAGGAACCUCUCUGUAAAGUAGAAACAUUAAACCAUUAUUUUUAAUGAAAAAAUAAAUGAAGUUUUUCUGAGCCUA